AUGGCCGCCAUCCUCAAAUUACAGAGGAAGUACCCACAAUUCCCUCAGAAUGAAAUCUUUCAGUUACAAGAUGCCUUCCGACGACUAGACGUCGACGACAAGGGCUACCUCGACGAGGCGACAGUCAUUAAGGCCACCCAGACAUCCGAGCGUCAAAACUACGAUGUUGUCCGCCAGGCACUGAAGGAGGUCGAGUUGGAUAGUUCGCGAAGAGUUGAGCUAGAAGAUUACGUUGAUCUCAUCUCAAAGCUGCGCGAGUCCUCGCCUGCACAGCAGCGGACAGCAGCAGGUCCUGUCAAGUCUGCAGGAUUGGCAGGCAAUGGGCCUCCUGCGGUUAAGCAUGCAUCGAAACCAAGUCUGGGAGGAGGUUCAGGCGGCAGAAUCACAGUGGGAGGCUCUACUGCAAGCUCCACGCACACCAUCAACGAAGAUGAGCGCGUUGCGUUCACGACCCAUAUCAACGCAGUCCUUGCCGGCGAUGCCGACAUUGGCCAGCUUCUCCCAUUCCCUACUGAUUCCUUCGAGAUGUUCGAUGCCUGCAAAGACGGCUUGGUGUUGGCCAAGCUCAUCAAUGACAGCGUACCAGAUACCAUUGACGAGCGUGUCAUGAACAAGGCUGGCCGAAAGAUCAAGUCUCUUAACGCCUUCCACAUGACCGAGAACAACAAUAUCGUGAUCGAGUCGGCAAAGGGUAUCGGGUGCUCGGUGGUCAAUAUUGGUGCAGGAGACAUCAUUGAAGUUCGAGAGCACUUGAUCCUGGGUCUCAUUUGGCAGAUCAUUCGUCGUGGUCUGUUGGGCAAGAUUGACAUCAAAUUACACCCCGAGUUGUAUCGAUUACUCGAAGACGACGAGACACUCGAGCAGUUCCUACGACUUCCUCCCGAACAGAUUCUUCUCCGAUGGUUCAAUUACCAUCUGAAGAAUGCCAAGUGGCCAAGACGCGUCACUAAUUUUUCAGGCGACGUGAAGGAUGGCGAGAACUACACUGUGCUGCUCAAUCAGCUCGCACCGGAUACCUGCUCGAGAGGGCCACUGCAGACACAGGAUCUUCUGCAGAGGGCCGAGCAAGUGCUACAGAACGCAGAGAAGCUGGAUUGCAGAAAAUUCCUCACGCCUACUUCCUUGGUCGCCGGUAACCCGAAGCUGAACCUGGCAUUCGUUGCCAAUCUAUUCAAUACCCACCCUGGCCUGGACCCGCUGGAAGAGGGCGAAAAGCCGGAGAUCGAGGACUUCGAUGCCGAAGGCGAACGCGAAGCACGGGUCUUCACGUUGUGGCUCAACUCAAUGGACGUACAGCCUGUGGUUCAGUCUUUCUUCGACGAUCUCCGAGAUGGUGGCAUUCUACUGCAGGCGUACGACAAGGUCAUUCCUGGUAGUGUCAACUGGCGACAUGUCAACAAGCCUCCAGCACACGGCGGAGAAAUGUCAAGGUUUAAAGCAGUGGAAAACACAAACUAUGCCGUUGAGCUUGGCAAGCAGAAUCGUUUCAGCUUGGUUGGGAUCCAGGGUGCCGAUAUCACUGAUGGACAGCGCACACUGACGCUCGGCUUGGUCUGGCAACUUAUGCGGAGAGACAUCUUGAACACCCUAGCGGCCGUAUCACAACGUAUGGGCAAGCGCGAGUUGACCGACUCUGACAUGAUCAAAUGGGCGAACGAAAUGGCACGGAAAGGUGGCAAGAACACGAGCGUACGGUCAUUCAAAGAUCCCGCAAUCCUGUCAGGCGUGUUCCUGCUAGAUGUGCUCAACGGGAUGAAGCAAGGUUAUGUCGAUUACGAUCUUGUGACGCCCGGCAAGAACGAUGAUGAUGCUUAUGCCAACGCCAAGUUGAGCAUCAGUAUCGCUCGUAAGAUGGCUUGCACCAUCUACUUGGUACCGGACGAUAUUGUGCAGGGUCGCGCUCGUUUGGUCAUGACCUUUGUCGGUGCACUCAUGUCUGCGGCCGAAAGGUUGUGA